GCGAAAAGUGAAAAAGUUCCAUGAGUUUUUAAAACUUCUGAAGAAAAUAUUAAUAAUGGAGCAAGCUCCUACUCUUGACACUGUAUGUCAAGCGCUACAAGCGCUCUACAACAACCCUGAUAUGGCCGGUAAAGAAAAGGCGUCUGUGUGGUUAGGCGAACUUCAAAAAUCGGUUUUUGCAUGGCAAAUAGCAGAUCAGUUAUUGAGAUUAAAUCAAAGUUUAGAAUCCUGUUAUUUUGCUGCUCAAACAAUGAGAACAAAGAUCCAGUAUGCAUUUCAUGAAUUACCAGUGAAUUCUCACCCGUCAUUGCGUGAUUCAUUAAUAGAACAUGCUAGUAAAAUAACACCUGAAACUCCACCUGUAAUUGUUACACAGCUAAGUUUGGCAUUAGCAGAUUUAAUUCUACAGAUUCCGUCCUGGAAAGGUGGGGUUGUCGAGAUCAUUCAAAAGUUUGGUUCAAAUGCUCAACAAACAUCAUUUUUAUUGGAGGUACUUACUGUCUUACCAGAAGAGAUUAAUAGUCGAUCACUGCGGCUUGGUGCAAACAGAAGACAAGAAGUAAUAGCAGAAUUAACAUCAGCUUGUCCUGUAGUCUUACAAUUACUGACGGCAUGUUCAGAGUCGGCAGGAGAUGAUAAAAGAUUGCAAGCUAGAAUAUUCCGUGUUGUUGGAAGUUGGUUUAGUGUAGGAGGUAUUUCUCAAGAUGCUAUUAUAAAUACACCAUUAUUACAGGCACCAUUUGAAGCCUUGAGACACAGAGAAACACCAUCACAUCUUCAUGAAGCUGCUGCAGAUUGUCUUUGUACAGCACUUUACAGUAUGGAGGAUAUUCAGAAACAUCCGACAUUAGCUCAAGCUUUAUUUGAAGGUGUAUUAACAUUAACCGAAGGUUAUCAUCUUUCAGUAGCUGAUGAAGAUUCAGAUAAAUCUAUUAAUUAUUGUCGAGUAUUUACAGAAAUAGCUGAAGCUUUUUUAAAUGUGAUAGUAACAACACCAAAUCAGGGAUUAGGAGACUUUAGAAUAUUAGAAUUACUUUUAACUUGUGUUGGUCAUCAUUUAUAUGAGGUGGCUGAAAUAACUUUUAAUUUUUGGUAUCGUUUAUCAGAAGAUAUGUAUCAGAAGAAUGAUAUGGCUUUGAACGAAUUAUUUAGACCAUAUAUACAGAGAUUGUUGAUAUCAUUAGCUAAACAUUGUCAAUUAGAUCCAGAUCAUGACACGAUACCCGAUGAUACCGGUGAUUUUGGUGAAUUUAGAUUACGGGUGUCCGAAUUAAUCAAAGAUGUUGUUUUUAUUGUUGGUUCAACUCCAUGUUUUAGUCAGAUGUUUUCCAAUCUACAGAAUCCGACACAGAACAUACCAUGGGAUGCUUCAGAAGCAUCGCUAUUUGUUAUGACGGCUGUGGCUAAAAAUAUUUUACCUGAAGAAAAAGAAAUAGUACCACAAGUAUUAGAAGCUGUAUUAAAUCUUCCUGAAACAGUUCAUAUUGCUGUACGAUAUACAAGUUUACAAUUAGUUGGGGAAUUAUGUGAAUGGAUUGAAAGAAACCCACAGUAUUUAGAUCCAGUAUUACAAUUUUUAUUGGCUGGUUUACAGCAACCAUCAUUGGCAUCCGCAGCAGCUAAUGCUUUACAGAGUAUAUCAAUACAAUGUCGUGAUCAUCUAACAAAACAUUUUCAAGGAUUAGUACAGAUUAUUCAAGCUAUGGAUACGUUUAACUUGUCCACAGAUGCUGCUAUUGGUUUAUUAAAGGGCACAGCAUCAAUAUUAGCUCGACUUCCACAUCCUAAAAUAGCUGAAGGUUUACGCACACUGAGUUCCUUUCAAAUAGCACAGUUAAAUAAAUUAAUAGCUGAAGAAACUGGUCCAGUUAAACAAGGUUCUGAUAAUGAUCCUACUGUAUGGUUAGACAGAUUAGCUGCUAUAUUUAGAUAUACAAAUCCUACAGUGAAUAAUGGUCAAGUACAUCCUUGUCAAGCUGUUAUUCAAGAGGUAUGGUUAGUAUUAUCACAAGCUUGUAAUAAAUAUCAAGCUGAUGUUAGAAUAACAGAGAGAUGUUGUCGAUGUAUUAGAUUUGCUAUUAGAUGUUUGGGUAAAAACUCAGCCACAUUAUUAACCCCUCUAGUCACACAGAUGGUACAGUUAUAUCAAGUACAUCAACAUUCAUGUUUUCUAUAUUUGGGUAGUAUAUUAACAGAUGAAUAUGGUACAGAACCGGGUUGUAUACCAGGUUUGUUAGAUAUGUUACAGGCAUUUUGUGGACCUACAUUUAAAAUAUUAGAAGAGCAUAAUGGAUUAAGAAAUCACCCAGAUACUGUAGAUGAUUUAUUUAGAUUAUGUUUACGAUUUAUCCAGAGAUGUCCUGUCCCGUUUUUACAAAGUCCCAUGUGUAAACCUUUAAUAUGUUGUGCUAUAGCUGCCUGUUCAUUGGAUCAUAAAGAUGCCAAUGCUUCUGUGAUGAAAUUUCUUGCUGAUUUCUUCAAAUGUGGUAGAGAAAAAGAUGAUCGAGAAGAUUUUGAAGUGCGUCAAACUCUAGUCAAACAGUUAUUAAAUGAUCAUGGUCAGGCUUUAAUACAUGCUAUUAUUAACGCUUGUAUUUAUUGUUUACCUACAUAUAUGAUUCCUGAUGUAGCAGAAGUUGUACACGAAAUUAUGUUAAUUGAUAGGCCUAUGUUUUGUGUAUUAUUAGAAACUACAUUAAAAGCUUUACCAGCUGAAAAUAGUGGUGGUGCAGUAACAGCUACACAUAAACAAUUAACUGACUUUCAUAAAGCAGUAACCAGUGCUGAAGCUAUGAAACAUGUGUCCCAUUCUUUGAGAGAUUUUUCUCGCCUCUACAGAUGAUUUCAAUGUUUAAAUGUGGCAGAGAGAAGACUAUCUGUGAUGUUUUUAUAUAAGAUAAAUAAGCUUGUUAUUGUAUAGACAACUUCAUCACCUGCUUAUAUACUUAACCUUAUGUGCUUACACCAUGACUUGCCUCAAGACACUUGAUCUACGCAGAGCAGAAUAUUGUGGUUGUGAAUAGUUUUUUUGUUUUUUUUUUAAGUAAUUUUUCAAUAGGACUCUGCUUACCUCUUUUAUCUAGUUAUUUCAUAAUAGGCUGGAUGUCUUUACCAUUCAAUCAUAAUGCAAUAGUCUGUGGCGCUACAGACUUUCAAGUUCGAACAACAGCAAGUAGUGGUGUUUUGGUUCCCAUUUAUAAGUGAAUUUGAUUGAAGAAAUUCAAAUUAUUUAGUGCUUUUGUGAUGAUCGCUAUCAAAUGAUCAAUCAUUUAGAAAACUACAUUGGAGAGGUCACAAUUUUACUCUCUUUUUGUUUAAAAGUUUGGUCAUUUUCCUUUGUGUGUGCUCUUUUGAGUUUGUUAAGUAAUUACAUGUUCCGGUAGGCAUUGCGUUUUUUUUUUUUAAAUUGUCUUUUGAAUUCCAAAGGAGACUGAAUCUUCCAAGUACUGUUAUUUUUGUUUGAGGUUGGCAGUACAUCUUGUAGCAAUUGAAUCGAGCAAUAAAAUUUUGAGAUGCUCGUACAGAUACUCACUACAGAUAGUGUAGUUGUUCAUAUGCAAUGUGAUUUGUUGAUGGCACAGAUGAUAUGUUACUUCAUCAAACCAAUGUAAAAGAUGUCAUGAAUAACGAAGUAUGAAGAACAUGUAAAAUAUGGCCUCCUUUACAUCAGAUUUGUCAAGAUUUUAUUAUGUUAUUCUUUUAGAAUUGAUUUUAUUUGAUUAAAAAUUGAUCAUUGUUUAUGUUAUGAAUAGAACAAAAAUUCUUUUAAAAAUGCAAUACAUUUAAAUUAAAUGAUAAUUAAUUCUAUAAAUACAUGUAUUGCUGUUGAAAUCAGUACUGUUAGAACAUAUAUCAAUUAGCAUUACUGCACAGUUAUAGGUUCACUGCAGUCAUUCUGAGAAAUUUAUUUGUUAUUUCACUGUUCAUUUACAUGAUGAACAUCCUUGUCAUUAAGGUCAUCGAGCAGUCUAAAAUGCGCAUUUUAAAGCUAGCACUAUAAUUCUUUUAUUUUAGGUGGUAAACUAUAUAUUGAUCACCAAAAAAAUACCAAUUUUAUUUACCAACUAUGUUCCAAACUUGGCCCAAAAGCAUGAUAAUAAAGGGUGCUGAUGACAACAAAAGUCAAAUUUUCUCAGUUAUGCCCGCAUGGAUUUUCUUUAAAUUUGGCAUGAACAAUGCUGAUUGCAUGUCCAAAAAAGCUACUGGACAACUUUUGGCUAUAGACUGUGGUUUGUCUGGUAUCCAUGGAAAUGCAAAAGACCUAUGAGUUUUCUUGAAAUUCUAUUAGUACAUGCUAAAAAGAGAUAUCGAUAAUCACUCCAGUAGAUGGAAAGUAGAGGUUGUAAGCUACAUUUCGAAACCAAAAAUGUUGGAAAAUAUCAUCUCAGAGUAUUUUAAAAUCGUUCUUCUUUAUUUACCUUCAAACGGGAUUUUGUGAUUUUGGGUUAAUUCUUUGAAUACAUCCACAACAAGUUUUAAAAUACAACAAUUCAGACGUAAAAAGUAAAUAUCUACUUCAGUGCACUACUCGGCCGCUCUAUGAAUUAUUUUAAACAUUUAAAAAUAGCACUCUUCAACCAUCAGAAAAUGAAAUUCAGACACGUUCCACUCACGAUAGAUGGUAGACCUGAAUAAUCGCAUAUUAGAGGGAAAUCCUUCUGACAUCACAUUAUCUAGAUAUGAUUGUUUACAGCAGAUGACGUGAACGGUGUAUACAACAUCAUAAUUUAUUCAAGAUCAAGAACUGAUCAAGGUCGAAGACUCUCCCCCCCCUCCCCCCGGAUCCGCCCCUGACUGACCUAAUUAGUCAUUGUUAAACAACAUCUUGAAAACCAAUAGAUUAUGUGUAUACAAUCUGAUUUGAACAUCUCCAUUGUAACAGUGUAGUCCAAUCAAGUAAAGUGCUGAUUGUAAUUAAGUUAUCUAGAAUAGUUCAUUAAGGCUCAUUUAAAUUGAUUUAAUACAUCUCAGUUUCAGAGAAUGGCUUACAGUGUGUUUUGUGGAAAGACACAUUGAAGAGUUACAGUUUUUAUUCUUAAAAUCAUAAUAGUUAGAAAAACUAGAUAAAACUUGAAUAUAAUAAUCCUUGUGAAACCAGUGCUUGUUGUUAAAACCUUUAUUAAUUAUAUUGAUCUAGUCAGAUUUAUACAUCUAUCAAUUAUAGAGUAUUAUGCUCAUUAAUACUGCCAUUAUAUUCAUUUAAUAUUCCCAUCUUUAUAGAAGGAAUGAUGAUAUUAUAUUAUAACAUUCUAAUAUACCAUUCCUUAUAUUACAUUCUACGCUUACAUUAUCUACAUAGGGCAAUAAUACCAAUCUAUUAAAUAGAUCAAAGACUUCAUUCUUGCAGGCAUUUAUAUCUUUUUCUACUCUAUCUUUUACAUGUAGAUCAACCAUUAAUAUAUAACGUUUGGUCUAUAACAAGAUUUAUAUGUAAAUAAUACCAAUGGCAGAUAAAUAAUGUCAAGUUAACAAUAAUUGUAAAUAGAGUAUGUAACAAUAUGAUGAAGCAUAAUUUAUAGGAUUUACAAUAACUGUUAAUUUGAGUUAUUUAUGAAAUUUAGAUAUUGGCAAUUUGUAUUAAGGAAAACACCCAUUGCAUUAAUUAUGAUAUUGGCAACAUGUUUAAAUAAAACAUUCAUUGCAUGCAUUUCAAUCUAUUUUCUUUCAGAUCGAAAAAUCCCCAGUUGUACGUGACAAGUAGGGUCACCUGUCCAACCUCGUGGGUUUUCUCCGGGUCCUCAGGUUUCCUCCCACUGCAAAAGACCCCUACGCGCAAGCGAAUUAUUGAAAUAAAAUUAAACCAUAUGUUAGUCCCAAAAUGACCUAGUUUGUGUCGAGUGGACGUUAAACCCCAUUUCUCUCUCAGAUUGAAAACACAUUGAUUACAAAGGCUCACAAAGUAACAAUAUCUGAGUUAGUUUAGAUAUAUAUAUAUUAUAAAUUACCUUUUUAUUGCUCAUACAUGUAGCUACACCACUAAUUUAUUGUUAUAUUUAUAGUCAAAAUGUAUUGUAGUGUUUGCAUGUUUUACAGUAGACUCAUUGUUUUGUACAUUUGUGUCCAUGUAUAUUUAAAACAUUUUGGAUUAAAGUAUAAUCUCUAAUCAGUAAUUAUGCAAUUACAAAUACAAUGGUAAUAUCACAAAUUGAAUACAAAUUACAACUUGAUUAUCAGCCCAUAUAAAUAAUUAAAGUAAUUAUCUCUGCCAAAUAGAUUAAUAACAUUAGUAAUUAUAUUCUUUAUGUGAUGUGUAUUUUUACACUAUUAUAAUUACUUGGAUCAGAAAAGGUCAAAAAUUUAUAAUUAUCACUAAUGUCAUGAGUAUUUUUUUUAUCUCGCCCGAGUGAUCAUACACUUUUAUCAACACCAGUAUAUUCUAUGUUAUAUUUUGUCACCAAGAUUAGAAACUUUUGGCCAUUUUCCUUAGACCUAUUGUGACUGAAGUCAAAUUCUAACAACAUUUGUGAAAAAAAACAAGGGAUACAUCUCUUCAUUAUAUACCAGUAAUUAAUUAUUAAACAGGUAUUAUGUAAGACCUAAAUUUGCCUAUUGCAGGUCUUUCUUUGGGCCUUAAAUAUUACAUAAAUUAUUAGACAUUUAUCAACAUGACAAAGACCAUAAGACAUUUAAGUAGAUUAGAAUGGUUUGGCCAUUUAUUGAUUUAAUUUAGAAAUGGAGAAGCAAGGCUAAGACAAGAAUGACCAGUAUGGUGGUUACAAGAGUGCAUACAUCUUGUCAAAACUACAACCAUUAAUAACUUAGUUCAAAAUAAAGUAAUUAGAUUGAAAUUUUCAAAAUGUUCAUUUUGCAUCAUUUAUUUUUGAAAUAUUAUAGCGAGAACGGCAAGCUCUUUAUCUAAAUCUUACAUAAUGCCCCUUUAAGCAUAAUAGAUCUGAAAAAAAGAUUGCAUAAACAAAGAAAAUAACAUUAUUUUUAUUAUUGCCUCGGAAAAAAACAAUCAAAACUUAUUUAAAGGGCUUAUAUAAAUCUGAGCAUUAAUUUUGAUAUUGGAAAUGCAUGUAAAUUGUCAGUUUUUAUUUGUAUAUAUUAUAAUUUGGUGUAAAAUAUGUACAAAUGUAUUUUUAUUUGCUAAGCACUGUGUUGUAGGUAGAGUAUGCGGCUAUAGAUUAGCCCAUCAAAUGGGUAACUAGAAAUGAUAUUCUAUUUUUAAAUAAAAGAAACCAUGAAAUAAUUAGACUGUAAAUACAUGGGAAAAUUUAAAGAGAUCUAUUUUUGGUAAACCUAGACUCCAGGAAUAUGUUUUAUUUAUUUAAACAAUUGUUUUCAUUUUAUCUCAUAUGAUACUGUGACCCAUCUAGAAUAUGAAAGUUCUACCAAUAUUUGAAUUUUAAUACAUUUAUUUAUUGUCUGUUCUAUUGUAGUUGUUUAUAGUGAUUGAGUGUGAACACAUUAAAAAGGAUUUUACAACA